CACAAUGUGUACAAUACUUUUCCUUCCGAUGCAGAAAUACCGAUCAAAACUUUAGCCUCUGUAUACACAAUUCAUCAAACAAAAAUGUCUCUAGGGCUAAUAAACAAACUCAAACCCACCAAACAAUUUCACCCUAUUAUACCCAAUUCAAUCCAAUUUCGUCAAAUGACAAUAAGCAAAAGAGUACAAGACAGGAGCAAAAAAAAGCGAGUUCAUGACCUGGAAAUCGUCACUGAAAAAUGGAAAAUCUUCUCCAAAAUCCAUCAUCUAAUGGAGGUAAUUAAAUCUGAACCUGAACAUAUUAUUUCCAUUAGAUUUCUUGAACAACAUCGUCGCCAAAUUAAUCUCCCUAAACCCUAUAAACUAUCUGAUUUCCUUCGAAAAUCCCCUAAAUUGUUUGAAUUGUAUAAAGAUCGUAAGGGGACUUUGUGGGUUGGAAUGACCCAAGAAGCUGAAGAAUUGCUUCAAGAGGAAGAGAGGGAAAUUCAAGCACAUUCUGAUAAGUUAGCUGAAUUUGUGACUAGGGUUUUGAUGAUGAGUGUAGAUAAGCGAUUGCGGGUCGAUAAGAUUGCUCAUUUUAGGAGGGAUUUUGGGUUGCCAUUGGAUUUUAGGAACAACUGGGUGCAUAAUUACCCAAAUUUAUUUAGGUUAGUUAAUUAUGAGGCUGAUGAUGGGGGUGUUGAUCAUGAGUUUUUAGAACUUGUUAGUUGGAAAAAUGAGUGGGCAGUUACUGAAUUAGAGAAAAUAUUGGGAAGUUUUACCGGGGAUGAAUUGAAUUCGCAUUGUCCAGGGAAACUUUCAUUGGCAUUUCCAAUGAAGUUUCCGCCAAAUUUUAAGAAGGUGUUUAGGUUUGGUGGGACAUUAGAGCAUUUUCAGAAAAGAGAGUAUUUGUCCCCUUAUGCUGAUGCUCGAGGGCUCGUGGCCGGAUCACAUGAAUUCGAUAAACGGGCAGUGGCUGUUAUGCAUGAAUUGCUUAGUUUUACUCUUGAGAAGAGGCUGGUUACUGACCAUUUAACCCAUUUUCGACGUGAGCUUGUGAUGCCUCAGAAGUUGAUGAGAUUGCUAUUGAAGCAUUUUGGUAUAUUCUAUGUUUCAGAGAGAGGGAAGAGGUUUCAUGUGUUUUUGAACGAGGCGUAUGAUGGGACUCAAUUGAUUGCAAAAUGUCCCUUGGUUCUUUGGAAGGAAAAGGUUAUGAAUUUAAUUGGUUACCGAGGAAAGAAAAAGAAGGUUGCUACUUUUGAGGAGUUUUCUGACAUUGAUGACAAGGACUUGUUCAAGAGUGAUUCUGAAGAUGAGAGAUUCCGGAUGAACCUUGAACAGGAUAGUACAAUGGGGGAUUUAGAUAGUGAUAUGCGUGUAAGUGAUGCUGAGAUGGACAUUGAGGAGGUUUCUAGUGCUUAUAAGGAUGGUUAAUCAUCUUUUGGCCAUGUUUUACUUUGCAUUCCUUUGGAUGAUUCUUGGCCAUACGUCUCAGUUUACUGUACCAAUCCGUCUGAUCGCAAUUAGCGAGAAGAGAAUCAAGAAGCUUGCACCUCAAAUAGCAAGCCCAGGACAGAGCUGGUGCAACAGGGGUUGCUACAGCAUUACCUGAUUCUGACCUGCGAUGAUGGUAGCAUUCAUACAUUCUAGAUUAGCCGAAAAAUAUCAACAUUUCUUAUUAAGUAUUUUUUGGUUGAUUUUUAGGUAUCAGUUUUGCAAUUUUGCCCACAAGUUAUCAACAUGAAUCCGAUAUAAAUAAAGUCUGAUAAUAAUAAUAGUUGGAAGGUUUUUGAAACUCUUUUGUUCAAAAAUAUUCUUUGCCUGCUGUGCCUGUAAAUUUGAGUGGCAAUUGUUGAAGUUUCCUGUGAAGCUGUCAUUGUAGUAUGAAAUAUCAAGUACCAAAUCAUCCGGAUGAAUACUCAGACGAGCAAGUGUUGGCGAGGCAAGCCAUGGUAUAAUCUGUGUUUGUGCUAGGACGAGCAAGUGUUAGCGAGCCAAGCGAUGUAUUUCUUUAUCAAAUAUUGACCUUAAUUUUCUUGUAGUAUUUGUAUUAUGUCAUUUUCAUAGCAACUUUCUUUUCUGAUAUUGUCACCUUAAUAUUGGGGUGUUUGACAAAAAAACAUAUUGAAUGCUUUUAGAUUAUUUUGACAUAAAGAUGGUUUGGUGGUACAACCUUCUAAUUUUAGUGUUUGGUAAAUUAACUGGUUAAACAUUUUAUUUUAAACAAGGUACUCUUAGCAGUAACAUAUGUUGAUAAUAUUGUACAAUUAGUGAGUGAAUGAAAAUUUUCUACAUUUUAAGUUUUUAAACGAAAUUGUGCUGAUAAUUUAUUAUAAUAAAUUACAAUAAACAUUAUAUUUCAAUAAGUUUACAUUUGAUUUAUAUUUUAUUAUUCAUCCACAGCAGGUAUUUAUUGGAAAAAUAUUAUAUUAUCCAUCACCAAUUACAAAAUUCAAGUCUUAAAUCCAAAUCUACUUCACAAG